AUGGGUGUCGUUUCCAAGAAGAAAGUAACAGCAGCUUUGAAGGCGAAACAAAACGGCGGAGUGAAACGAAAAAUCGAGGUUUUUCCGGUUUUUAUGUCAUUUUUCAUUGUUUUUUUUUUUCAAGGAGACGCCACCUGAAACAAAUGGGGAAGUGGUAAAAAAGAAGAAACUGGUAAAGAAGGUUAAAAAGCAGCCGAAAAAUGGUUUGCCGGAAAAGGUGAAGAAAAUUGCACUUUUUGAUGACGACGAAGAAGAAGAUGAUCAGGUAUUAUAUUAAAUCUUUUCAUUGUUUAAUGAAAAAUUUUAGGUGAUUGUUCCAAAAAAAGAGCAAGAAGGUUGUCAAAGGUGCAGGGAAGAAGAAAAAAAGCAGCUUGUGAGUUUCUUUCAAUUUUUCUAAAUCAAAAAUUUUGUUUAGGAAGAAAGUGAAGAAGAAUCUGUUGAUCAAUUCGGCGAUGAUGAUUCCGAUGCGUUACCUGACGAUUUCGGAUCAGAUGGUUCUAAUAAAUUCGAGAUUUAUUUAAGAAAUUGAUUUCAGAAUCUGGGGAAGAAGACCUUUCAGAAGGCGACGAAGACGAAUUGCCGGUUGAGAAAAAAUCCCGGGCCUUGGACAAGAAAAAAAGCCAAGAUCUUGUAAUAGUUUUUUUACGAGAAAAAAAGCAAAAUCUCGAGCUCAUCCUUAAAAAAAUUCAGCUUUUUUUGCUUUUUCUGUCAAAUUUUAACGCGUUUGAGAUUUUUUUAAUGUAGGAAAUGAGAUUUUUUUGGCGUUAUAACUCGAACGAAAAAGCCUUAAAAUAUAUUUAAAUAACUUUCAAAUUUCCAAAGCCUAUAUUUUUGCACGGCAUUUACUUCAUAACGUUUAUUUUAUUUCGAGAAAUUUCAGGAAAGAAGGCGAGGAAGAACUUCAAUUGAACAUUGCGUCACAGGAAAAGUUUGAAUUGCCGACGAUUGACGAAAUCGAAAAUGAAUUGAAAGCGGCGCCGAGCCUUGAAAUCGUCCGGCAACGCAUCAGUGAUGUUAUCCAGGUCGAGUUUCGUGGCAAAAAGGCUGAAUUUCUUGAAAAAUGUCUACCUGCUUCAUCUGAAUGUUCUUUUUGUGGGAAAAAUCGAAUUUUUAUGGAGAUUCUGCUCAAAAUUCGUUUUUAGCGCCCUGUUUCUUUAGGAAAAGCUGACUAAAUUGAUAAUUAUUUUGAACCUUCUGUUUUAAUUCUCCCUUGAACUGUUUUAUAGCAUUUUUCUGUCGUUUUCAACCUAUUAACAUCCAUUUUUCAGGUCCUCGGAGACUUCAAAGCCCGCCGGGACCCGAAAAAGUCCCGCGACGAUUAUCUCGCUGUUUUGACAAAGGAUUUAUGCAGUCAAUACGGCUACAACGAGUAUCUGAUAACUAAAUUCAUGCAGCUUUUCCCGAAUGGGGCUGAGGUGAAGAUAAUUUUUGGAAUAAUUAACAAGAAAUUUUUUAGCUUCUUCAAUUUUUGGAAGCCAACGAUAAUCCACGGCCAGUGACCAUCAGAGCCAAUUCUUUGAAGGUCAAAAGGUAGAGUUUUAAUGAUUUUUUUUUUUGUAAAGAGAAAGUUCAAAAAAGGAGUUUUCUCAUAGGGGUUUUAACCGUAUUUUCUACAUUUUUCUAAUUAUGGCUUUGUUUUUCAUAAACCAACUUCAAUCAAAAAAAUAAAAUCGAAAUUGUCAAAUGAUAGUGUUUUUUUUUUUGUGAAUUGGAAUGAGAAAGCUUGAUUUUGAGCUUAUAAAUGCAUUUAUGGAAUUUAUUUCUGAUAAAAAAAUUUUUCUACUUUUGCUAAAAAAAUCAAAUAUUUUUUUCUCUUGUUUUGAAGAUUUCAGUGUUGAAAGUAAGUUUCAAAGGUUGAAAAAAAUGAAUCGAUACUUUUUUUAAAUCAAAAUUAUCAAGCUCAAGGCCUACCACAUGAAAUUUUACGCAGGGUAAUUGCGGGGCGUAAAUAAGUUACCAAAGGGAAAUCUGCUCAUUUUUUUGCUCUUUUUUAUAUUUCCAGUCUACAAGGUUUGCAUAGAGAUAUAGUAAUUUGAAAUUUACCUUCUUAACGCAUUUACGCUUUCUCUUUUACGCUGCGUAAAAGUUCAUGUAUCACGUCUUGGAAUAAAUUGAAUGUUUUCAGAAGAGAUUUGGCGAAGAAUCUUAUCAAUCGUGGAAUGAACGUCGAUCCGGCGGCUGAAUGGACGAAAGUCGGCUUGGUUGUGUACGAUUCGCAGGUUCCCGUUGGUGAGUUUGAGUGGAAUCCAACUUCAUUUGGAUUGAAACAGAUUUGAAGAAAAAAAAGAUUUUUCUCAUUUUUUCUUUAUUUCUUCUGCUUCCUUUUCGUUAGAAGUCUCUAGAAAUCGACUUUUACAGGUAACAAGGUUUUUGAGACGAUGAUAAAAAUGUUAAUGAACUCCAAAUUUGAAAAUUAUUGCGCUUAUGAAGUUCGGAAGAGAAAAUGCAUAGGCAAAGUCGGAAAGGCUGGAAAAAAGGCUCUAUAGAAAUGUUCCUUUUUGCGCCAUUUCUUCGGCUUUUAUGCACCAUUUUUGCAGCCUCUUCCUUUUUCCACCAUUUCUUGAGCCUUUAAAAUCCUAGAAAAAUAAAUGGCUCGAUAAAGUGACUCAUUUUGCUGCCUUUUUGGAGACUCUUCCCUUUAGCGGUCAUUAUCCACCAUUCCGACUCUACCCGAGUAAUUUAUCUGUCUCGGAACAAGAAAAAAUAAAUUUUCUAGCACAAAACACACUUCAUAUUUAUUUUAUGCAGAUUCAGGUUCCUUUUCUAAUACAAUUUGGAUAGUUUUCAUUGAUUUAUCGUUUUUUUUUCCAGGUGCGACACCUGAAUACCUGGCCGGCCACUACAUGAUCCAGGGCCUGAACUCGUUGCUGCCGGUGAUGGCGUUGGCCCCACAACCCGGCGACCGAGUUCUCGACAUGUGCGCGGCGCCCGGUGGAAAAACCUCCCACAUUGCGGCUCUCAUGAAAAACAGCGGCGUUUUGUACGCCAAUGAUUUUAAUGUUAGUUCGGGAAGAGCUUCAAAAAUUCAAAAAUUUCAUUUUGGAAAAGAGGGUUGAACAAAUGGCUGAGUAGAGCUUUAAUUUAGAAAGUUAGUCGAAACAAGAUUUUUUUGUGUUGGUUGAAUAGAAGAAAGUAGUUAAAAAAAUGAGAAAAAAACGCUUUUUUUCCGGUUGAUUGAUUUUUUUCAACUUUGUAUAGAAAAAUUUAUAGCCGUAUAUUGGUGAAAUUUGAUUUUUGAAGAAUUAUUGACCAGAAAUGUCUCGUCAGAGUAAUUUCGCGAAAUUCACCGUGAUCUUCUUUCUAAAAUCUUCAUUUUUGUCUUUUCAAAACUAUCUGACGGUAUUUUUCAUUUCUUUAAAGUUACGUUGGCACGCGGCUUUAGAAACUAUUUUCAAAAAAUUUUUUUUGAAUGUCUGGAUUUAUAUUACACUCGGAUACAUAGAGAAAUACAGUUUAAUUUUUUCCACCCAUUUUUUAAAGGCAUGAAGUUAAAGCCAGCGAGUUUUAGAACGGCGGCUUUUCUGAUUUUUACAUUUUUACGUAACGCUAGGGAACUCUUCGUUUUGAGUUUUCUUAUAUAAAAUCAUUAAUAUUUUGAAAAGUAAAAAUAUAAGAGGAAGAAGUCGGAAACGUCGUCGUUUGAAAAUUCGCUGACUUUCAUAUAGCUUAUUCCGUGGCAGCUUGUCAAGUUUUUCUUCCCGCCAAAAGACCGUACACCAAAUUAGAUCAAAUUUCUGCUUUUAUAACGGCAAGAAACAAAGAUCUUAAAGCGAAGUUAGUAAAAUUUGAACCGGCCUUUUGGCGGAAACAAAACGUGACAAGCUGGUGCGGAAUGGCUUAUACAACCAUUUUUUUUUGUGUUUUAUGUAAUUUUCCGUGUAUUCAGUUUGAACGUUGCCGAGCCGUCAUCGGUAAUUUGCACCGUUUGGGCGUCGUCAAUGCGGUCGUCUGCAAUUUGAACGGAGAGGAGUUCUGCAAGGUGAUUUAUGAACCUGUACUUUGUCCUGUAUUUUUGUUAGAGUGUUAAAAGAGGCAUAAGCUUUAAGAGACAUUGGAAAAAGCCCUUUUUUGGAGACCUUUAUGUAAAUCGUGCCUUUGAACAAACAGUUCUUGACAAAUUAUAAGAAAAAAUGUCAUUCUCCCUCCAGAUCCGACCAAACGGCUUCGAUAGAAUCCUCCUCGACGCACCCUGCUCCGGUACUGGUGUCAUUUGGAAGGAUCAAUCGGUCAAGACCAGCAAAGAUAGUCAGGAUGUUCAGAGGAGGUGCGAAAGAGAGUUAUUUACAGUCUAUUUUGCGUCAACUUUUCACGAUUAUCCUUUUCCUACGAGUUAAAAUUCUGUGUCGUUUUUGUAUGCGCCUUUAAUAUGACGGAAAAUUCGGUUUAUGCGCCUUUAAUAUGACGGAGAAUUUCGUGCACGCGCCUUUAAGAUGGCGUAGAAUUUUGUGCAUGCGCCUUUAAUAUGACGGGAAAUUCGGUUUAUGCGCCUUUAAUAUGACGGAGAAUUUCGUGCACGCGCCUUUAAGAUGGCGUAGAAUUUUGUGCAUGCGCCUUUAAUAUGACGGGAAAUUCGGUUUAUGCGCCUUUAAUAUGACGGAUAUUUCGGUGUAUGCGCCUUUAAAAUGACGGAGAAUUCUGUGUAUGCGCCUUUAAUAAAAGUGGAUUUUCAGGCUAAAUUCUCUGUCAUAUAUGUAUGCGCCUUUAAUACAAAGGGAAUUUUUGUGUAUGUGCCUUUAAAAGAAAGAAAAUUUCAGUGUAUGCGCUUUUCGUAUAACGAAAAUUUUAAGCUAACCUCUCUGUCGUAUGUAUGCGCCUUUAAUAUGACAGAAAAUUCCUGUGUAAAUCAACUUUUAUGAUAAAUAAAAGGCGCAUGUACGCGCGCAUCGAAGGGGAGGAUUUUCGGAAGAAUUCAGAAUUUGUGACGUGAUAGCGCGGAAUGAACUGUAAAUGAAUGAUUCUUGAAAAAAAGGGGCGUUGAGGACUUUUUUCUCUCUCAUGAAGUUUAAUUUUACGAUUAGUAAUCUUUUCAUCAUUUUUCUUCAAUUUAGGCACACGAUGCAAAGAAAGUUGAUUUUGUCGGCGAUGGACGCCUUGGACGCAAAUUCGCCCAACGGCGGCUAUUUGGUCUACUCAACUUGUUCUGUUUUGGUUCGUUUCUCUUUACAGAUGUGAUAAAUGAACAAUUUUUGGGGGGCUUGAAAUCUAUCAAGUUUUUCUUAUUGAUGAGUCGGUUUCACUUGUCUCGGUUCGGCUAAAAUUCAAGUUUCAAGGUUCUUCUUCUAGUCAUUCCCAACAAUUUUCAGGUUUUUAAGUCGAAGCAAACUUUUAUAAAAAAAAAGGUAGGAAAAUCUCUAUUAUGAGGCAUUUUUGAGUAAUUUUUCACCAUUUCUUGAGCCUAGAAAAUUGCAGCUCAAUGAGAAGAUAUGAAGGGUGUAGAAAUUUUUAGCCGUUUUUUGCACUCGUUUUUGGAUUCUGACAGUUUGAUUGAGUUCUAGACGCUUUUCGAAAAGUCAAUUAAAACGAAUAAAACUAGGCAUCCCCAUGGAAAUCACAAUUUUGUCGUUUCCAGGUCGAAGAAAACGAAGCCGUCGUCAAUUUCCUGCUUCAACGGCGCCAUUGUCAGCUGGUGAACACUGGAUUGUCGAUUGGCGUUGAUGGAUACACGAGGUGAAACAAAAAUUUAAGACUUUUAGGCCCAAUUUGAAGCAUUUUAAAGCUAAAAUUGUUGAUUUAACGGUAAAUUCAAGGUAGUGAAGUGGGAAUUUAGGGAGAACUUAUCAUUUUAAAAAUCGAAUUUUUAAUAAUGGCUUUAUUACAGUCAAAAUGUGGAUAUCGUUUUUACUAGAUUAAAAAAAAGAGCCAAAGUCUUCUGUGUUAUUUAAUUUUUAACUCAGCUUUUUCUGAAAGGUUUCUUUAAAAAAAUUUUUAUUUUUCAUUUUUUUCGGUAUAAAUUUUUCUCAGGUUGUAUCAGUCUUUUUUUACGAUUUGAAAGUUACGGUUUUUUACGAACAUUUCAAAGUAAAAAAAGAAAAAAAUAGAAUAAAUCUUGUUUCUUGUUCAGAUUCCGCGAUUAUCGCUUCCAUCCGUCCCUUUCCCUGACCAAACGCUACUAUCCUCACGUUCAUAACAUUGACGGCUUCUUCGUCGCCAAGUUCAAGAAGCUUUCCAACGCCAAGACCAACAAGUUCGGCGUUGAUGAGGUGGAAAUAUGGGAAAUUUGAUGAUUUUAAGGCCUUGGAACUUCGUUUUCUGUAGAAGAUUGUUCACGAAAAUCGUGAAAAAAGCAGUUUUGAAGGAUACAAAAAGAUGAAGCUCCAUUCAGUGUUUUCAAAGAUUAAAAAAAUUCAUUUUUUUACUUAUUUUUUUAGUGACUUUCGAGGUCGGUUUAUUAUACUUUUUAGGCUUUUUGGUGGUAUUUUUCUUCGAGUUUGUUGUAGAAAAAGCGCAAAAUCGAAGUUUGAAUCACGUAAAAAGAGAUUUCUGAAGCCAUUUUACAUUAUAAUUUCUCAACCAAACUUUUCCAGGCCAAUAGAGAAAAGCAGGAGAAGAAGGCCCAAGAAAAAGCCGACGAAUCUGAUAACGAUGAGGAUGGUGACGCCGAGGAAGACGUGGAGAGCGGAGACGAUGAAGACGUCGAAGAAGUUGACAAGGCCCCAGAACCCGUCAAAGUGAAGGAGAACGAGGAGAAGAAGAAGCAGAAGAAGGCCGACGACGAUGAUGAAGACGACAGCGACGAUGAGGAGAAAGUUUCGAGUAAGGGAAAAAAUUGGGUUUGAUCAUGAGUAAAUAUUCACUGCAUAGGCGUAGUCAGAAGAGUCGAAAAAGGCUCCUUAGAAAUGUUUUUGCUACGGUGACCAAGGUCCCUUUUUUGCUGCCCUUUUGCGCCAUUUUAUUGGCCUCUCCAUUUUUCCAGCAUUUCUUGAGCCUUCAAAAUUCCAGAAAAUGGGAAGGCUCGAUAAAGGGUCCAUUUUUGCUGCCUUUUUGCGGCCUUUUUCGAGCCUCGUCCUUUUAGCGGUCAUUAUCUACCUUUCCGGCUUUGCCCGAGUAAAAAAGCGGUUAUUUCACGUCGAAAUUCGAAUCUAUAUAGGAAAAUAUAAUUAGAAGGUGUGAAGAACUGAAUAUCAGUUUGAGAUUUUGUUCCGAAAUUCAGUUAAAACCGACCUGAGGGCUUAUUGUGGAAGCCGCUCAAUCUGAAAAAAUUUCAGUCUCAAAAUUUAGUCUAAAAUGACCCUAGAGCUUGUAGGAGCUAUUUUUACGGCUCAAAAAGGAUGUAUACAUUGAUUCACCUAGGCCUUUUUCUUAAUAAAAAGGGAGACAUGUCUUGAAAUAGUCGUUUUUUUUUUGGUUGUAGAGCUUUUUUGCGUUCCAAUCAUCCCAUUGGAAAUAUCAAAUAUUGAUUUUCUUCUUCCAGACGGGAAAGUUGGCAGCGGGGCGCGAAAGCUGAAAAAGAAGCGAAAUCAGGCGAAGCAAAAGGCCAAGCAAGCGGCUGUCGCUGAAGAUGACGGUUUCAAUUCGGUUAGUGAAGAAAAAUUCAAUCAAAAAAAUAAGUUUUUUCAAGAAAAAGAAAGUUUCUCAAUGAAAUUUAAACUAAAACCAGUCCCAAAACGGCGCUUCUUGCAGACCGGCGUCGUGAAGAAGGUCAAAAAGGCCAAGGCGUUCAAAUCGAAGAUUCCGAAGAGGGCGUUGGCCCGCUCGAGCGCCAAAACCGUCAAAAAUAAGCGCAAGAAGCUCCUCGAAAAAAGCCGCUAA